UUGUAAUUUAUAGGUUGUAAAUACAAGUCAGCUGACUUUUAAUUGUAAUAUUUAUUAAUUUAUUGUUAUUAAAAUGUGAUCGGUGUGAGUUGUGGCCAAAAUGAGCAAGAAUCUGCAAUCCCCCACCAAAUUGACCGAAUUCGCCCCCAUUCAAACCGAAGAAAAGCCCCAAACUGUGGGCCAGUUUAUCACGAAGAUUUUCAAAUUUAAUAAAGGUCCAAAUACGGAAGAACAAAGCUCGGGUUCAACCCCGAAUUCGGAUAACAUGUCUCAGGAGUCUUUACCGACAUGGGCAAUUGACGCGUCGUCGGAUUCGUCUACAACCCCCUUUCACGUGGACGUGAACGAGGGGCGAAGCCUCCCCAAUGUUCUGAAACGAAUCAGUAAUUUAUUGGCGUUAAAAAGCACGAACCUUCAAGACUACUCAGACACCGAAUUGAAACAGUAUUGGAUGCCGGAUUCGGUAAGCAAAGAGUGUUACCAAUGCUGCGAAAAAUUCACGACGUUCAGACGCCGACACCACUGCCGCGUGUGUGGCCAAAUUUUCUGCUCGCAAUGCUGCAAUCAGCAAAUUCCCGGCAAAAUUUUCGGAUGUACUGGCGAUUUGAGGGUUUGCACGUAUUGUUGCAAAGUUGUCUUGUCGUAUUUACAAUCGUCAGACGUGGGGGCUGACCUAACCGCCGAUUUGAAGCUUCUUCAAGAGAAUUUACAAAGCAAAUUCGGCAACGCUGUCCUCUCACCAACAACGCAAGACAAUAUACAAAAUCUGAAUAAGGACUCGGUCGAAGUCGGGAAUAUUCUACGCCGGAAAAUAUCCGUGGGGUACCAGGAGGAGAAAUUUGCAUCGGGACAGUCUAGUAUGUAUCUCACUACAGAAGAAAAAUGUAAAGCGUUGCAAAACUCGGUAUCGUUGCGCGCUCUCUUUGAGGAAAUUUGUCGAACUACAACUGGGAUUCCCUUGGGAACCCACAGGUACCGUUUGAGGACUUACACUGACUGUUUUUUGGGCUCGGAAUUAGUUGAUUGGUUGAUUUGUCAACAAAAAGCCAAUAGUCGGGUUCAAGCGGCUGCAAUAAGUCAAGCGUUGCUCGAAGGGGGCUACAUCGAGUGUGUCUCAGAUCCUUGUUCUUUCGUCGAUGGUUAUGCCCUCUACAAGCCUGGUAGUUUUGUCACACCGGAAGUUCUCAAUCAUAAUUAUUUCGAAGUUCCUAAUCAAGAAGAACCCAUUUGGGUGCAACAAAUCCCACAGGAAUCGAGCACCACUGAUUCUGAUAACGAACAAGUUUCGAUCAAGAAACGUGGCCCUUUGACUUCCUCGUCUUCGUACAUGUUGGAUAUGAACGUUGAAGCAAAUACUGUGUAUUUAUCACGACCUUUAGCCUCAAGUUAUAGCAUUCAAUCGGGUGAUUCUGGUGAUGUUAGUUGUUGUGAGACCGACAUUACGACGGUUCGAACUUCCGAACAAAGAGAAUUUGUCCCCGAAGCUGGUUGGCACAAUGCGUCAUCUUUGCGCGAAGAAAACGGUGAGAAAUUGGCUUAUAAUCUCUUAACUGAAGCAUACCAACAACACGAACAAAGUUUAUUGAAACAAUUGCUAGCGUCAAAUGGUCUGUUAUUGUCAUGGGCUGACGUGAUAAUUCCUUUAUGUAAUGAGAUAAUAAAUGUGAUUAGGCCUGAUAAAAACCACGACGCUGAAGAUUUAGAUAUUCGUCAUUAUAUAAAAUUCAAAAAAUUGUCAGGUGGUUUCAGAAGCGAUACUAAAUUAAUAAGUGGGAUCGUUUUUACGAAAAAUGUAGCCCACAAAGGGAUGUUGACCGAAAUUGACAAUCCUAAAAUCCUCCUCUUGCAAUGUUCAAUAGUCUAUCAACGCACCGAGGGCCGUUUAAUGUCCCUCGAGCCGGUCCUGAUGCAAGAACACGAAUAUUUGCGUCACGUGGCCGCCCGUAUCGUCGCCCUCCAACCAGACAUCGUCCUCGUCCACCGAAACGUCUCGCGAUUGGCUCAAGAUCUGUUACGUCAGCACGGCAUCACCUUGGUGCACAACGUCAAACAGAGCGUUUUGGACCAAUUAGCGCGCUGCACAGAGGCGGAUCUAGUCACAGCGGUAGAUGCCCACAUCGGGCGCCCUCGUCUCGGUACUUGUAAAAAAUUCUACUUGAAAACUUACAACGUGGACAGGGGCGGAAUCAAAACCUUGAUGUUUUUCGAAGGUUUACCCAUGGUGCAUUUGGGCGGGACCGUGUUGCUAAGGGGCGGGUCUAGACAAGAGCUUACGCGAUUGGAGAAGGUUGUAUCGUUUUGUUUGUUUGCGAGUUAUAAUUGGCGGUUGGAGAAGUCGUUUUUAAUGGAUGAGUUUGCGCAGCCGCCUAAUCCGAAUUGUGAGUUUUUGGAAGAUUUGGAGAGUUCUCCACGGUUGCCAACUGUUGUGAAGUAUGACAGUGGAGGAAAGAAGAUGAGUAGUGAGACGGUUGAGGAUUUUACAGAUCCGUUGCAGUCGUCAUUUGUUGAGAAUGUGUCAGAAGAAAAGGAAACGUUGGCAGUUGCAGAGUUGCCAUUUUCAAAUAGUUUUCGAAAAAGUUUGGAUGACUCGAUUCUUUGUAUUUCACCGUAUUUGAUGUUUUCGGUUCCGUAUUUGGAGACAGAAGUUGGGAAAAAAUGCAAAUUGAGGAAGUUUUUCCCCACGGAAAUUUAUUUUAGUGAACAAUUUACCAAUCAGACUAAGGUCAAAGUCAUUAAGGAUAAUGCCGAGAAUGGGAAAGAAAACGAACAGAGAUCUGUAAAGCCACUACACCCAUUUUUACUUACAAAGAUUACAACAAGUGUUGAUAAUAAUGAGAUUCAGUCAUUAUUGGCUCAUUUUCGUGCUUGUGGCGGCAGCUACGAGAAACGGGAAAUUUUAUGUAAACCCCCGGUACAACUCGACGAGGAAAUUUUAAAAAACAAGGACAAGAAUUAUUACAAUAAACUCGAUGUUCUUGAAAUCAACAAUCACCAAAGACUCUCAGUAUUAUUUUGUAGUUUUAGUCACGAGUCGACUAAUUCACCAGCGUUUUGUGUGAAUCCUUGGAUCGUCAACAUGAAUUUCUACGGUUCGAAUGACAUUCCCUUGGGUUGUUUCUUGGAGAGAUAUUGUUUCCGUUCGACUUAUAAUUGUCCAUCGAAGCCUUGUGAUACUCCAAUGUUCAAACAUAUCCGACGUUUCGUUCACAAUGCCGGCUGCGUCAGUAUCUCUCUCAACAAUUUCGAAAACGAAUUUGCCGACGAAAAUAUCGUCAUGUGGACUUGGUGCACUAAGUGCCAAAGUGUGUCACCAGUGGUUCCCAUGUCGGCUGACACGUGGUCUUUUUCUUUUGCUAAAUAUCUAGAGUUGAAAUUUUACGGUGGGUUGUAUAGCAGACGAGGGAAUACUCCUUGUGGUCAUAGUUUGCACCACGACCAUUACCAGUAUUUCGGCUACAAAAAUUCUGUAGCGUCUUUCAAGUAUACUCCCAUUCAAGUUUGGGAUAUUUCUCUACCUCCACCUGUGAUCUACAUACAGUAUGAUAUAGAAAAACACCAAACCGAAUUGAUUGACGAAAUUCGCACAAUGGCCCAAAAAGGCCACGAAAUCUAUUCUUUGAUUUUAGAAAAAUUGUCUUGUAUCCCCGCCGAACUUGAAGGUUUAGGGAAUUUAAAACAGUUAUUACUAAAGGAACAAACCCAAUUUAAACAAAAAGUCGAAGAAGUGCAAUUAAAACUAACCUCACCAACGAUUGAAAGCAAACAGUUUGAGGAAACUCAACUGCAUAUCACAUAUUGGAAAAUUUCCGAUUCUCUUAUCAGAAUCAAACGUUUAAUUGUCGAAACGGUGGAAAACUGGAACUUGCGGUUAUGUGAAAGCGCACGUAAGAGAGACGACAAAAAGAAAGACCGGACUUCUUACAGCGAUCUCGAAAGUCCGACAAUACCCGAAAAUAAAAUAUUAUCAGAAACGGAUAUUUCAUUCAGCGAGAGUCCAAACAGUGCUGCCAUAACCAAAAAAAUCAAAAGUUUGGAUCAGAGCGACGCCGAUAGUGAGUUGACCACUUCUUCAUCUCCCAAAUGUCACCACAGAUCGCAGUCAGAUGGCACUGUAAUGUCGCACAAUGAAGAACAAAAUGAUUGUAAAAAAGACACUGAUAAGAAAACGGUCAAGAAUAUCUUAUCGCAACUUUUGCCCUCGUCAAGUGCCCUCACGCUAAUUCCGAAUCCAUUCAAUACUCAGGACCACUACACCCUCCCGACCGGUGUUUCAGUCCCCAUAAUCGUCUACGAGUCUGAACCAAGCUCAAUAAUCGCAUACGCUUUGAAUUCUUUCGAUUACAAAAAAUCCUUCGAGGAUUUAACGAAAAAAGCAACCACUGAACAAACUCCUAGUCCCGUCAUCAAGCGCAAGAACCAAAAUGCGGAUAAAAACGAUGAAACAUCAGGUCUUUUGGGCUUUCUACGAAACAAAAACGACCUCAAUUCGCCCGUGUCUGUGUCCGAAAACCCCCAAAACGUUGAAGUGACAGAAGAUGUGAAAAAAUCGAAAAAUCUGCACAUCGAAGUGCAAUUUCAAGACACGCAUUGUAAUUUUUUCUGUCGGAUUUACUUCGCUGAGAAGUUUGCGAAUUUGAGGUCGUUGGUGUUGCCGAUUGGUGAAGAGGGGUAUAUUAGGUCGUUGGCGAGGUCGGUGCAGUGGAAUGCAAGAGGGGGGAAAUCGGGGUCGAAUUUUGCCAAAACGGCCGACGAUCGCUUUGUUUUAAAGGAAAUGUCGAAGUCUGAAGUCCAGUUGUUCCUAGAAUCAGCGCCGAAUUAUUUUACUUAUAUGCAAAAGUGCUACGGGACGGGGCAACCGACACUUUUAGGGAAAAUCGUAGGGAUUUAUCAGAUUAUUUUCAAGAAUAAUAAUUCGAAUGUUACGUUGAGGACAAAUCUACUGGUUAUGGAGAAUUUGUUUUACAAGAGAACUGUGUCCCAGAAGUUCGAUUUGAAGGGCUCGAUGAGGAACAGACUGGUCGUGCCUGAUAAUCAAGAAGGGGAAAUCGUUUUGUUGGACGAAAAUCUCUUGAAAAUGACUUGUGAUGCUCCUUUGUACAUUUUGCCCCACUCGAAGGCCGUUCUCACAGCGGCCAUUCAGAAUGAUACUGAGUUUUUGUCAGCACAGUCGGUUAUGGACUAUUCGUUGUUGGUGGGUUUAGAUUCGGAAAAUCGAGAGUUGGUUCUUGGGAUAAUAGAUUACAUUCGAACGUUUACGUGGGAUAAGAAACUUGAAACUAUGGUGAAAAAAAGUGGGAUUUUGGGUGGGCAAGGCAAGUUACCUACGAUUGUCUCUCCCGAGGAGUACCAAAAGAGAUUCAUUGAAGCCAUGCAUCGGUAUUUUUUGGAAGUUCCCGAUCAUUGGGCCGGGUUGGGCAAAGGCUUGGAAUUUUGAUGUUUUUUUGUAUUAUUUUCCAUAUAUUUUAUGUAACAAGUUUUAAUAAAAACCCACUCAAA